GGUAGAGGACGGACGUGUGUCCUCGCGGGUGUGUGCGUGUGACUCUGACUCUUCCUCUUUCUCCGUCUCUCGCAGUGACUCGGUGUUUUGUGUUAUCCAUAGUCUAAUUCCCAUACUGCUCCUCCUCUCGCCUUAUUUCUCUCUUUUCUAUUCUUUCUCUCCUCAAUUCGCCCGUACUGAUAUCAAAAGACUUUUGAGUAGCAGUUCGCCUGUCAAAGUUUUCCCUAAAAAUCAUCGCUAGUGACCCGAUCUAGAACCCACUACCAUUUAAUCAACCGACGAGUUCUACUGUAGCAAACCUACAUGUCAUGAGCUUUGACGGACGAUCCUCACUCCAGCGAAGGAAGUCAUGGCGAAAGUUUGUGGAAAAUAUGAAAAUGAAAUUUGCACAAAUUCUACUUUUCAAUUAACCAAGACUCCGAAAGAACCCUCACCACCUUCCUAGAUUUAUUUUAUGGUAAAACAAUGAAGAAAUCUGAUGAUUUUGGCAAGCUUAGGAGCAUCAUACCUUUACUAAUAAGUUACAGUUCGAGUGGUGUGUAAGACAGAACAAUCAACAGUCAACUUAAAGGUGCUGAUAAGUGUAGCUCGGGUGCCUUGACCAUUUUCGAGAUUUAAUACAACGAAGAUUUUUUUUUUUUUUUUUUUUUUUUUUUUUUUUAUAAUGUGACCAGACCCUGGCAACUUCUCAAAAACGUUUGACUGAUAUACUGUGCAUCUGAAAUCUGCUUCACCCCCUUCCACGAGCUACCCCUUCGCACCCACAUUUUUUUUCUCUUCUUGUUUAGUUCGGACUACUAAAAGAGUGUAAUAAACCAUGGAAAACAUAUCCUUCUCUCCUGAGCCUGGACUUUGUUCAGGAAGUCUAUGUCCGUUUCAGUCCAACGAAUUCAAGAUGUUGGGGGGGCGUGCGGACCCGGGAACCAGCUUGGACGAUGAGAUGAAUGACCAAUUGGAGUCUUUUCUGAAAAGCUCCGUGCUUCCUACUGGCGCUAACCAGACCCUCUCAUGGUCCGUGAUCAUGAGCAUCUUGCAGGAAACCAACCAGAAGAGUUAUCUCGGUACUACAGCUAAAGUGUCUCUCAUCAUCGUGUACACACUUCUCAUAACUGUCGGGAUCCUCGGCAAUCUCAUUGUGGCCUUCGUUAUUGGUCACCGUCCAGAGCUCCGAACAGCAAGGAACGUUUACAUCGUCAACCUUACUGUGUCUGACGUCAGCAUGUGUCUGGUGUGUAUGCCCUUCACGUUAGUGAACCUGUUGCAUAAAAAGUGGAGUCUUGGCAACUUCAUUUGUAAGUUGGUGCCUGUCUUGCAAUGCACGAACAUACUGGUAUCGACGGCAACGAUCGUGGCCAUUGCGGCAGACCGCUAUCUGACUAUUGUGUGUGUGCAGCGAAACAGGGAUGCGCGAGCGUAUGUACCGUGGUCAGUGGCAGCGAUCUGGGUGGUAUCUUUGCUAUUUCCGCUGCCACUUUUCGCUUACUACUUUGUGGACCGUGUGGAAAUCAAAGACUACAUUUUGAUCGAGAGGUGUGUGGAGUCGUGGUCGUCACCAAUAGUCAAGUAUGCAUGGAACAUGACCCUCAUCAUCAUGCAAUAUAUCAUCCCAAUUGUGGUGCUGAGCUUCGUACAUGGACGCAUCCAGAAAUACCUGAGCACUCAUCAGAUGUCGCAGCGGGAUGCCCGGCGAGCCCAGCGUGAAAUUGAGCGCAACAGAAGGACCACUGUCCUACUUACAUCUAUUGCUGUCACCUUCGCCAUCUGCUGGUUACCGUGGCACGUCGUCAACCUGCUCGCUGACUUCAACUAUCCAGGUUUUAGUGAACCAGAGUAUUUCUACAUGGUCUUUGGCUCCUGUCAUGCCGUCGCCAUGAGUUCCGCCUGCAUCAACCCUGUACUGUAUGGCUGGCUGAACACAAACCUCAGACAGGAGCUCACGCAGGUUAUACCAAAGCUACUGCGAAAGGCUUCGUGUCCUUUUCGACAAACCGAUGAAAGCGGCAGUCCUGUCGUUGGCGUCCCCGUGGUGGAAAGCGUUUCCUUGCUGGUCUACAAGCCCAAGGAAAAUCCGAAAGGGAAGAGGCCACUGGAAGAACUAACGGAAUUCACUUUCGAAGAACAAGCGACACCUACGGUCCCCCCCAUCGCGACAGGCUUCUCGAGUAACAAAGAUUGAAGCGUCCUUUAUUGCAGCUAACUGCGACGAUUACAUCACAAGGAAGAGAACGUUUUUGCUAAAGGAGGAAGAAGUUAAGCACCCUGGAAGACCGAAAGAAAUAUUUUCAAUAAAUUGCAAAUGUAUACAUUGUACAGUAUUUCCCUAAAAAGUCCACCUACCCCCGCGCCCCAUACACGGACACAAAUACCAACACACGCAUAGAAACAA